AUGUUUCUUAGCAAAACCAGCAUUAAUAUAGCGUUGAAUAUUCGUAGAAACUAUCACGUGACAGUAGUUGGUGGAGCUAAUGAUAUCGGACAAACAAUAAGUCUCCUACUAAGAACCCAACCUCAAAUUAGAAAAUUGGUAGUGCACGAUGAGCUAGCGAAGACACCUGGUGUUGCGCUAGACCUCUCUCACGUACCGGCUCGAUCUACGCUUCAUAGUUACACAGGCGAAUCUACCUUAGAUACGGCUUUGAAGAACGCUGAUAUUGUUAUCGCGGCCGGUGGAGUUCCACUGAAUCCAGGAAUAAAUGAAAAGGAAUGGUUCAAUAAAAAUGCUCUAUUUAUUAAAACGCUGUCAACGAAAUUGGCAAAACAAAAUCCGAUGCCAUUCGUAGGAAUCGUAACGGAACCGUUGAAUUCCCUGGUACCGAUGGCUGCCGAAAUAAUGAAGAACAACGGGGAUUACUAUCCAAAGAAACUAUUCGGUAUAACAUCAGUGGACACAAUGCGAGCACAAACACUGUACGCGUCUGAAAACAACCUGAAUCCAGAAGAAUGUUUUGUGCCAGUCAUUUGUGGACAUUCUGACAAAACGAUGGUACCGUUACUAUCUCAAGCGACCCCGAAGUGUACCACGGACGAGAAGAAAGUCCACGACUACGUCAAUAAAUUUCGUAAAUGUGAAGAUCUAGUUAUGAAUCCGAAACCGAGGUGGUCGCCUACGUUGUCGGUGGCAUAUGCCGCUUAUAUAUUUACACAAGCCGUCUUGAACGCUUUGGACGGUAGACAAGUUUAUGUUAGCGCUCUGGUUGAGAAUAACGACUUCGGCACAUCGUUUUUCGCUGGCAUAAUGAAUGUAACGGAAAAUGGAUACGGCGAAAUGAAAAGAUAUGGGAACUUGAUGAACAUUGAAUGUCUUUUGCUAGAACAGAGCAUUGAACAAUUGAGAAAAGACGUAGCAUUGGGGAAGAAAGUGUUGGAACUUGCGUGA